GCAGCAGACAGAAAUUUAAUUCAGAUUCAGAUGCUCGUUGCUCGUUGAAUGCUCACAAAUUUUACUCAGUAUUUCAAAGCAUUUUAUUCAUUUCACUUCUCUUAAUUCUCAGACAAAGUAUCAUAACAAUUCUUUGAGUUUAUUAUUAGACAUAGAUUACAUAACAAACAUUAUCAGUUGGAAGGAGAUCUUCAUUUUACAUUCUUCUCAAUCGGCUUGCGUCCUCAAUUCCUAGAGAUUGGCUCAAUUAUUAGCAAUGAUGCGAUGUCGAUAGAUUGAUUGAAAAAUUGACCAACCGAUUGAUUGAAUCAUGAACAAGGCCAAACAAAUUGAAGUGACAGUGAAAAAGCUGAAACAGAUGCUAAUUGUGUGCACUGGUGGAUUCACUGCAUUCUCAGCCGUCAGUAUUUACAAAGGAAAUGAGAAAUAUUACGAAAAUGUUCUGCUGCCGUUAGUACAUAAAUUAGACCCAGAACUUUCUCAUAAGUUGGCAGUAUUUGUUUCAAAGUACCAACUGUUGCCACAAAGUAAAUACAAGGAUCCAGCCGAGUUGUUAAGCCGGGUUUGGCACUUGUCGUUUAGUAAUCCGGUUGGUGUUGCAGCUGGCUUCGACAAGCACGCCGAAGCAGUGGUCGGACUAGCGCAGGUCGGAUUCGGAUUUGUCGAGAUCGGAUCCGUCACUCCUCUGUCGCAGCCCGGUAAUCCGAAGCCGCGCGUCUUCCGACUCUCCGACAACCAUGCUAUUAUUAAUAGGUACGGCUUCAAUAGUGAAGGCUUCGAUGUAGUUCACGAUAGAUUACAAACGUUGCGGUCGAAUAAUUACAAAGGAAUUAUCGGUGUAAAUUUGGGAAAAAAUAAGACUUCUCCUGCGCCGAUUGAGGACUACGUCAAAGGAGUGCAGAAGUUUGGACAUUUAGCUGACUAUCUUGUCAUCAAUAUUUCAAGCCCCAACACCCCCGGCCUAAGAGACUGGCAAGAGAAGGAACAGUUGAGAGCGCUGUUGUCAGAACUAGUGAAAGCCAGAGACAGUUUGGGAUUCGAACCCCGACCGCUGCUCCUAUUAAAACUGGCGCCAGAUCUGUCUUCACAAGAAGUCACAGAUAUUGUUCAAGUGCUCCAAGACAAAAAGUGUCGUGUUGAUGGCCUGGUGAUAAGCAAUACAACGAUUGCGAGAGAUGACAGCCUGAUAGGUCCCCAUGUCCAUGAAGUGGGAGGUCUUAGCGGUCGACCAUUGACGCAGCGAUCAACAGAAAUGAUUUCGCAAAUUUAUAAACUCACCAAAGGUAAUUUGUUGUCACAUUCUCAAUUAAAUGACUUGGGGCUAUAUGCAGAUACUCGGUCUGAUGGUUACCGAUCUAUACAGGAAGCAGUUGGGAAAGGAAUUUCGUGA